AUGAUGUUGACUGUCACGGGCGUAAAAGUUGUUGCCGGGCUGUGUUUGUGGAGUUUCUUUGUCGCAGGCGUAGCAACAACAACAGGCCCAAAAGCGAAGCGGAAGGCGAAGGGGCAGCAGCUGUUUGUCAAGACACGGACACUCUCCGACAGGCCCGCGGGGAGGAUCGUGUUUGCAGCAGCAAGGUCUGGAACAACGGGUGCGAAGGAGAAGGAGAGUGUUCGGAAUCGGGGCCGACGGUAG